AUGAAGAGUGGGAUGUACGAGAUAACUAGCCUCAACCGUGUUAACGCCAAAGUCAAUGCCCUAACUCAGAAGAUCGAAAACCUCACUGUAGCACCUGUAGCCGCCGUGGCUGCUGUUUCCCCAAAUUGCGAAAUAUGCGGGAUGUCUAGACAUGCUGCCCCCGAGUGCCAUCUUUUGGCAGGAGUUUCCCCUGAACCAGUAAACUAUGCUCAAGGAAACCCCUACUCAAACACGUAUAACCCAGGAUGGAAGAAUCAACCUAAUUUCUCGUACAAGAACAAUAAUGCUUUGUACGCACCUGGUCAAGCACACCGUGUACCGCCUGGGUAUCAAAAGGCACCAUUCGCUGCUCUUAACGUCCCUAGGAAGUCUAACUUAGAAAUAAUGAUGGAAAAUUUCAUAGCCACUCAAACUCAGACUAAUAAGGAUUUCAUAAACCAGAACAUGCACACUAAUGAGCAAAUCAAACAGUUAGCGACUAAAGUAGACGCGUUGGCCACUCACAACAAGAUGCUCGAGACACAAAUCUCUCAAGUGGCACAACAACAAGCACCUACUGCCACACCUGCUAGGACAUUUCCAGGACAGCCACAACCAAACCCAAAAGAACAUGCUCAUGCUAUUAUUCUGCGAAGUGGUAGAGAGAUGGACGAACCGAUUGAUCCUAGGCUUAAAAACCCUGCUAUGUUCCAAAGCCCUAGUAAGACAACUGAGGAGGAAAGUAGACCCAAGGAUAAACCAAGCAACCCGAAAGAGAAAGAGGACAAGGAAGGCGAGACGGAGGAGAAAGAAGCGCCAUACAUACCUCCACCACCUUAUAAACCACCCAUCCCGUACCCUCAAAGACUCGAGAAAUCUAAAAACAUAGGGCAGUUUAAGAAAUUUGUCGAACUUCUUAAACAAUUGAACAUCAUGAUAACACGAUUUUAUAUCUUCCUAAAAGAAAUCCUAUCGAAUAAGAAUAAAUUAGAAGACAACGAGAUUGUAACACUCACUGCCGAAUGUAGCGCUAUAAUUCAAAAUAAAAUGCCACCUAAGCUGAAAGACCCAGGAAGUUUCUCCAUACCUUGCAAUAUAGGGAAAUUUGUCAUAGACCAAGCUUUGUGCGACUUAGGAGCUAGUAUUAGCCUAAUGCAUUUGUCCAUUUGCGAGAAACUAAACAUGGGAGAUCUAAGACCAACCAAGAUGUUAGUACAACUUGCAGACCGAUCUGUCAAGUAUCCUGUAGGUGUUCUUGAAAAUGUACCCGUCCGCAUCGGACAAUUCUACAUCCCUACGGAUUUCAUAAUUAUGGACAUAAAGGAAGACGUCAAUACUCCUAUAAUCUUAGGAAGACCUUUCCUAGCUACCGCUGGAGCCAUUAUAGACGUAAAGAAAGGAAAGUUGACAUUCGAAGUAGGUGACGAGAAGGUCGAGUUUAUUUUAACACAGUUCCUUCAAGCCCCAGCUAUAGAGGACACAUGUUAUUUGGUGGAUGUUAUUGAUGAAUGUGUAAGAGAGAUAGGAUUAUCAGAAGAAUCUUACUCUGAGGUUAUAAAGAUUCCGAUGCCCCUGAUUUUCGAAGAUGACAAUUGGCAUUCGGAAUAUCGAGACGAUAGUUUAAGCGAAUGCUUAGCAUUAACACCCAACCCUAUGUCGUUCCCUAAGAAACCAACCUUGUACCUUAAACCAUUACCCAAGACUCUUAAGUAUGAAGAUCUAGACAAUAAGCUCAAAAGACCAGUAAUAGUCAACGCAGAGCUAGGAGCCACAGAGACCGAGAAACUAUUACAAGUUUUAAGAAAGUAUCCAUCUGCGUUGGGAUAUAACAUUGCUGAUCUGAAAGGAAUAAGUCCUUCCAUAUGUAUGCAUCGCAUCAUGUUGGAAGAAGAUUGCAAAACCUCUAGGGAGCAUUAA